AUGAUCGAACAAUCAAAGAAUUUGUUAUACAAAACUAUCCUUACUGGGAGUUUAUCUGAAUUAGAUGAAGAUGAAGAUACAAGUGAAAUUAAUGAUUUUGAAUUACCUAUCAAGGUCAGUUUGGUUAAUCAUGAUACAAAUUUUCCCGAUUUAUUAUUAACAGAAACCAACACUACUCUUCAAGAGAAUAGUAGUAACGAUGAUAUUAAUAGUAAAAGUAAUAACACAAAUAGCGAAAUUAAGGCUAUUAAUGAUUCUGUAAAUAAUGAUAAAAGAGUCAGAUUUGAUACUGAGUCAGAUAAAAAUAAUAAUAAUAUGUAUAAAAGUAAACGUGGUAUUGAGGAUCUUUUACAAAAUGCAUCUGAGGUAAAUGAUUUUAUUGGAGAUAAUUUAGAUAGAUUAAAUACCUUCAAUUCAGACAGUAAUCCAAGUAUAAGAAAUAGUCUUUAUAAAAUGUUAAGUGAUGCUGGCACAAAUAGAACUGAAUCUUUAUCAAAUUUCGAUUUAAGUGAAGAUGAAUUAGACACAAUUCGAAGUCAUAGUUUCGAAAACAUAAAUGCCACAUUAGAUAAUGUAUUACAUGACGGAGAAUCAUGCCAAUCUGAAGAAUAUAGUGCUACUAUUGACAAUAAGAUUAGUAAUAUGGAGCACACGUAUUUGGAUACUGAGAAUUCUACAUCAAGCAAUCAAUCAUCCGUUUCCACUCCUUCUUUUGAUCUUUCAGAGAUGAGUUGUAGAAAUUCUAUUCAAAAUUAUAUAUUCAAUAAAAAAGAAAAUUAUAUACAAAAUAUGAAUGAACAUAAUGACAAUUUUCCAAUUAAAUUACUUUAUGAUCCAAAAAAUAUCAAUGGUGAAAAUGUGACUAUUUCAGUAGAGCAAGCAAUAGCCAACUUUGAAGAAACAAUACACCUGAUUAGUGAGUUGUCACAUAGAAAUAAUAUGUUGGGCAAUCAAAUGAUUGAUACAAAUAAAUUUCAUAUAUUUUGUAUGAAAAAUAUGCCAUCAAUAAGCUAUCAUGCUUUGUUACAAAGAAUCCAAUCAAAAUGUGUGUUUGGAUCGAUUAUCUAUCAAACUGCAACAUAUUUGUUUCAAAUUCUUUUAUUAAGAAGAAGUCAACCGGAGGAAAAUCUAAGAUGUACGCACAUAUUACACCAUGACGAAAUACAUAGAAUGAUAAUUGCAACAAUUAGAGUAGGUGCAAAGUUGACAGAAGACUUCGUUCAUUCACAUCAGUAUUUUUGCAAAGUUUGUGGAAUAUCGAAAAAAUUACUGAGUAAAUUGGAAGUUUCUCUUUUAAUUUGUUUGAAACAAAAUAGAUUGAUGAUAACAUGUGAAAGACUAGCUGCAUCUGUAAAUAUUUUAGAAGAAUUACGUGGAUAUAUGUGA